CUCUGCCUGUCCUCUCUCUCCUCGUCUGUCCCCUCUCACUCUGCCCGUCCCUUCUCUCUCUGGUCUUGGUCUCUCUCUAUGAAAAGAGAGACGUGAUAUAGCUCAGCUUGUCUCUCUUCUCCCGUUUUCUCAAACGGAUCUGCACCAAGGCUUGAACGGAUGUUCAUCUCCGCGGCAACGCUCCUGGGAGCCACCCUGGGCACAGUGUCCGGAGCGAUCACACUUUGCGGUCUCUCCCUGCUUUGCAGGAACUGCAAGAAGGGCCAGCUAGAACGAGAGGAUGAUACAGAACCUGAGAAAGCCAAAGCCAGCAUCCUGCACACGCUCACACAGUUCAGCGUGCAGAAAUCUACAGAGCCUAUUCAGCCUCAAACUUCACUGAAGUUCCCCAAAAUCUACAAACCUAAACCAUGCGCCACGUCACCUGAGGUCAUCAGCUACAACUCUAAACCAUGCACCACAUCACCUGAGGUGAUCAACUACAAACCUAAGCCAAGAGCCAAAUCACCUGAAGUCAUCACGUCACCCGAAGUUGUCAGGUCGCACGAGGUUGUCAGGUCGCCCGAGGUUGUCAGGUCGCCCGAGAUCAUCAACUAUGGCGAGUGUGCAGUUACUUCAGAGCGCCCAGCCGCUGAGCCUGGCUGCUGCAAUCCAGGAGCGGAGGGAGAUGAGGCCUUCACCUCCUCACGGCAAGAUGAGACCCCCUGUGUCACAGACCAAUCCAGUGGUUUCUCCAGCAGCAGCACUGUCCUGCACCCAAAACUUCACUUCUCUGUUUGCCUGCACAGUGAGAGCAGAGAGCUACACAUCACCAUCAUAGAGGCGGAGCACGUUUGUGUGGAGGCAGGCAGCGAGGGGUACGUGUCGGGGUGCGUGACCGUGCAUGGCGAGCGGAAGCUCUCGCAGACGGCAGUGCGUAAGCUGGCAUCACGGGUCCACUGGGGUGAAGGCCUUGUGUUCGCCCUGCCCACUGCCUGUGUCAGCGCUGGUACAGAGGGCAUGGAUGGAGAGGUGGCACUGACCCUGCACAGCUGUGACCGAUUCUCCCGAAACACAACUUUGGGCAAUAUGAGGUUCAAACUGGCUGACGUGGGCAUGAUGGCAGAUGCUGACUGCAGUGUCGACCUGCAGCUACCAAAACAGAUGGAGGUGACGUCUUCGAUGGGGGAGCUGCUGCUGUCACUGAGCUACCUGCCGGCAGCUAACAGGCUGGGGGUGGUGGUGAUGAAAGCUCGAGGUCUGCAGUCUGACAAACUCAAAGACAACAUAGACCUGUCAGUGAAGCUGACACUGAAGCACCAGAGUGCCACGCUGAAGAAGAAACACACGCGGCGGGUCAAGCACAAGAUCAAUGCUGUGUGGAACGAGAUGAUGAUGCUGGCGCUGCCCAGGGAGCUGCUGCCCAGGUCCAGCCUGCAGCUGGAGGUGCUCAACCAGGCCACACCCACUAACCAUCUCCCGCUGGGCUGCUGCCUCCUGGGGCUCCAGGCAUCUGGCACAGGCCUGCAGCACUGGCAGCAGAUGUUAGAGAACCCUCGCAAGCAGACUGCCAUGUGGCAUUUACUGCAUGCCUGAGGGAACACAUGCUCACAACAGCAAUGUGACUAACAUAUGCCAACUGCACCUACAAUGCCGACAGGACUAACAUAUACCAACUGCACCCACAACGCCGACGCGACUAACACACACACACAACAUUGACGCCACUAAUGUACGCCAACCACGCCCACAAUGCCGACGUGACUAAUGUAUGCCAACCUCACCCACAACACCGACACAACAAUGCACACUCACAACACCAACGCUACUAACGUUUGCCAACUACUCUCACAAUGCCAACGUGACUAACAUAAGCCAAAAGCACCAGAUAAUUACUUUAAUGCCUGGCCAGAGUGCUGCUUUAAUCAUGUAUAAUUAUCUGUGCCAAGGUAAAUAAGAAUUUCAAAAAUGGCCAUUGACAAUUACAGCACUGUUUGAUGGAUAUGAAUAACAGUGAGCAAAAGGGAUGAACCUGGAUUCUACACAAAUGAAAUGGUACAAAUGUGAAAUGAAAUGAAACAGUAUAAAUGUUAAAUGAAACAGUAUAAAUGUGAAAUGAAAUGGUAUAAAUGUGAAAUGAAACGGUAUAUAUAUGUGUAAUCAAAUGAAUAGGUAUAAAUGUGAAAUGCUGCACUAGCCAUAGUUUCAGCCCUUUGUGACCUGUGAAUUAGUUGUGCUGCACAAAUAAAUUCGCUAUUGUGAGAUCAUGUUGAUUGUAGUUCAGUUUGAAUACUAAUACCUCCUACAGGACUCUGUGAGUGUAAUCAGAGAAUACAUACUGUUUGUUUCUGGUACAUAUUAUUACAUACUGAUUAGAGCACUUAUUUAGCCAUAUUUAGCCUUGGUGAUGUGAAUGUGUCAAAGGAACUCUUAAUGGGAAGUGUCAAGCUCAUAGUUCCUCAUGCACAGCCCAGGCAGAGAGAUGUUACUACACACCACUAUGCAUGUAGAGGGUUAAAUGGAUCAUUAAGACUUAACCGGACUUUCAUUUGCUUGAGCGGAUGUCUCUUGAUCUGUCUCUUGAUCCAGGGUAAUCAUUUGCUACUGUAGAUCCAGAACAAUGUCAACAUGUAAAAUUUCUGCAAACUAUGAAUUUACAGCUGAGGUUAAAACUUCUCUCUGCUAUUUUGCUUCAUGACCUACAGCCAAUCCUUCAUAUUUUAAUACAGAAUGGCCCAAAUUAGGCCUAAUGGAAUCCACCUGCUAUGUUCAGUAUUCUUGAAUUACAUCAACAUGUAACAUUUCUGCAAACUAUGAAUUUACAGCUGAGGUUAAAACUUCUCUCUGCUAUUUUGCCUCAUGACCUACAGCCAAUCCUUCAUAUAUUAAUACAGAAUAGCCCAAAUUAGGCCUAAUGGAAUCCACCUACUAUGUUCAGUAUUCUUGAAUUACAUCACUCUGCAUGCUAUACUUUGAACAUCACAUCACACAUCAUUACUCUGAACAUGAGUAUAGUAAUAUACUCAACAAAGCGUAUUAUGUGUAGUGCAUACAAAUCAGACACAAAUGUAACUGAUAUACACAUGCAUCAGCAAUACAUGUCAUAAACCUCCACUAGUUUUGACUGCCAUUCUGUUUUUAAACUAUGGUAUGCUUCAUUAAGCAAACAAAAUGCCCCAUGGACACUUCCAGAAAAUGUUUCUAGAGCUCAACCAUUUAGCUCCCCGACAUAAUGAAACUAAACGUGAGGCAUGAUUAAUGAGAUUGGUUCUAGAAGAAUACAGAUUCUUUGUUGGAUAAGAACAAGGCUUUUGUUUUGUGUAAUCCUGUUAUGCUAUUUUAUUUCACUUGUUUAAUGCAACAGAGCAGUUUAUACACUGCACAUAUUUAAAUAGGUGAAAUUCUAAAGCAUUGUAAAUUGCUUUAAUAAUCUCUCUUUAUAAAUGUAGAUGGACAGUUAUAACAAUAUGAUGUGUGGUUCAAGUGGACUGUGGGUUUGUUUUAUGUUCAUAUGACCAUUCAUGAAUAUUCAUGAUCGUUAGUAAUUAUCCAUGUUGUACUGCUGGAUCAGUGUCAUUCUAUAUAGGCUAUUACUUACUGCCACAACCUACUUAAUAAUAAUGAUCAAAUAAUUUGGGCUAAACUGUAGUUAACACCGUGAUGAUAUGGAUGUGCUGCUUAUGUAUAUUUAUUAUAAACCAAAGAGCAUAUAUUACUAAACAUGAGGUUUUCGUGUAUUCAUUAUAAAGUGAAUAGAAUAUAUUACUAAA